UUCGCUUUCCUCGCCAUCGCUGCGCUGCUCGCUCAGGCAGUCAGGCACUCUCACUCCGCAGCUCCAAAUCCCAACAGAAGACGACGAAAUCGAGCGAUUUCCGAGAGAUAUCGACGUAAAAGGAGGCAUCGAAAUGCUCCCCUCGCCGUCUUCCUCGCUCCGAGUUUCUAGUCUUCUCUUCUUCCUCGCCCUUUCGCUCAUCGGCGCGGGCUACGGCGGAGAUCCCUACGUCUUCUACCAGUGGGAAGUGGGCUACGUUUCCGCCUCCCCUCUCGGGGUCAAGCAACAGGUUAUUGCAAUCAACGGACAAUUUCCAGGACCAAUUCUGAGUGCAACAACAAAUUGGAACGUUGUCGUCAAUAUCCUGAAUAGAUUAGACGAGCCUUUUCUAGUAACAUGGAAUGGUUUGCAGCACAGAAAGAACUCUUGGCAGGAUGGUGUUUUAGGGACAAACUGCCCCAUUCCUUCUGGAUGGAAUUGGACCUACGAAUUCCAAGUCAAAGAUCAGAUUGGAAGUUUCUUUUAUAUUCCUUCAAUCAACUUUCAGAAAGCUGCAGGCGGCUAUGGUGGAAUUAUAGUAAACAACAGAAAUGUGAUUCCUUUGCCAUUCGGGUUGCCGGAUGGAGAUAUAACAAUCUUGAUUUCUGACUGGUACAUCAAAGAUUUCAAGGACUUGAGAAAAAUCAUCGAAGAUGGAAAUGAUCUCGGAGUUCCUGAUGGAGUUGUCAUCAAUGGUCUGGGACCCUUCCGUUAUAAUGAAUCAAUCGUCCCUGAAGGCAUCACCUAUGCUACAAUUACUGUGGAUCCAGGAAAAACAUAUCGGUUUCGAGUGCAUAAUGUUGGAUUCUCAACUAGCUUAAAUUUCCGAAUACAAAACCACAACUUGCUGCUUGUAGAGACAGAAGGUUCUUACACUGUUCAACAGAAUUAUACAAAUAUGGAUAUCCAUGUGGGUCAAUCAUACUCCUUUCUUGUCACAAUGGACCAAAACACAGCUAGUGAUUACUAUAUCGUAGCAAGUGCUCGGUUUGUCAACUCAACUACUAGGGAUAGAUUAACUGGUGUAGCUCUAUUGCACUAUUCUAGUUCCCAAGGACCGGCAUCAGGUCCACUCCCGGAUGGUCCAGAUGAAGGUGAUACAUACUUCUCUGUUAAUCAAGCAAGGUCCAUCAGAUGGAACGUCUCUGCUGGUGCUGCUCGGCCUAAUCCACAGGGAUCUUUCCGGUAUGGUGAGAUCACUGUGACUGAUGUCUACGUACUAGUUAAUACACCAGCGGAGGUGAUCAAUGGGCAGAUGCGAAAUACUUUGAAUGGUAUCUCUUAUAUUGCCCCUUCGACACCCCUUAAACUUGCACAACAAUUUAAUAUACCAGGAGUUUAUAAGCUUGAUUUCCCCAAUCGAAUGAUGAACAGACCUGCAAAAGUGGACACAUCCAUUAUUAAUGGAACUUAUAAAGGUUUUAUGGAAAUUAUUUUCCAAAACAAUGAUACUAUGAUUCAAAGUUACCACAUGGAUGGAUAUGCAUUCUUCGUCGUGGGGAUGGAUUAUGGAACUUGGACAGAAAAUAGCAGGGGUACAUACAACAAGUGGGAUGGAGUUGCUCGUAGUACAAUACAGGUAUAUCCUGGAGCCUGGACAGCCAUCCUUGUUUAUCUUGAUAAUGUCGGCAUAUGGAACUUGCGUGCAGAAAACCUUGAAACAUGGUACAGGGGCCAGGAAGUAUACAUUAGUGUGAGCAAUCCAGAGGACAGCAGCAACAAGACUGAGCUCCCUUUACCUAAUGAUUCAAUAUUUUGUGGCGAACUCUCAAGCCUACAGGGAGAACAGUCUCAUAAAUUUAGAUUUUCUGAAGCAUCAUCAGUCACAAAAUUGAGCAAAAUCUUAGUGAUGUGGCUGCUAUUUGCUUGGCUUGGAGUUUGUACAUUGUAACUUUUGUAGGUCUAUGUGGAAGAGAAUUGAAGUACCUUGAAGUUGAUAAUUGUAACUGUGUCAGCAUCAGGUAUGUUGAUCUCUCAAACUUGAGUUCAUUCUUAGAAGUUAGUUGAUUCCUUGAGCA